AUCAUUCUUCUCUCUACACUUUCUCUCUUAAACUCCCGUUUCUCGCUCUCUCCUGUCCUCCUCCAAUCAUACAUCACAACCAACACUUAUGAAAUUCAUUUUCAACUCAAACAUAGAAUUCUAGUGAGAGAAGCAAUCGUAAGAUAAUUAUACAAGAGUUUACUCCAAUUUUUACCCCCUAAAUAAUCCAAAUUGUUUUUAAAAACCCCCCAUCAAAUUCUCUUUCUUCACGUCUCUUUUUCUUCUUCUCGAUAAAGAUCAGUUUUUUUUUUUAAUUUUCAUUUCCGGGUUCUUUUGGGUCUUAUUUGGCUCGUGGGUUAAUUUUUUAUAUAUGCAUGUAAUUGCUCUGCAACUAUCUCGAAUUUCCCGUCGUUAUUUCCCUCGUCGUCGCUGUCGCCGUGGUUUCUUACUGAGUUCACAAGGUCCGACCCCGUUGACCCGUUUUAGGUUCUUUUUAAAUGGUAAAGAUUACUUAGAUGGGUCAGCCUGAAGAUUCCAUUUUAGGCUCUUGGAAUAUUCCUUUAGCAGGUAAACCCAAAGAAAUGGGAACUGUUCCAUGGAAUAUUCGGCGCAGCUCUGUGUAUCAUACCUCUAGUGACGCUUCCUUAUUUUCCAGCUCAUUGCCUGUUCUUCCUCAUGAAAAGUUAAGCAUUAAUGAUUCUAUGAAAGGUCGGCAAGCUGUUGAUGAUGCUGCAGCAACUUUGAAUAAAGUGGACCUAGAUGUUGAGGGAACUGACUCACUUGAUGAUGAUAUUGUAAACCAUACCAUGGAUUUUGUGCUACCUGGUGAAGAUGCUCUUUUUGCUGAUCUUGCGAAUGAUUAUGAUUUUACUUCACUGGCUAGCCAGGUAGAUGAUUUGGAGGAGGGUGAUUUUUUUGGUAACUUGGGAGGGAUGGAGUUGGAGAAUGAUGUGCAGGAUAGCUUGAGCUUAGACAUGGCCAAGUUCAGCAUCUCUGAUGGCAUGACUGGUAAUGGAAUGAUUCAAUUUGGCCCUCCAAACGCGGGAACAAUUGCUGGAGAACAUCCAUAUGGGGAGCACCCUUCCCGAACUUUGUUUGUCCGGAAUAUUAAUAGCAACGUUGAGGAUUCUGAAUUAAGAACUCUUUUCGAGCAAUAUGGUGAUAUCCGAACUCUGUAUACAGCGUGCAAACACAGAGGCUUUGUAAUGAUAUCUUACUAUGACAUUCGUGAUGCACGAUCAGCUAUGCGAGCAUUACAAAAUAAGCCAUUGCGUCGGAGGAAACUCGACAUACACUUUUCCAUUCCCAAGGAUAAUCCAUCUGAGAAGGAUAUCAAUCAGGGAACACUAGUGGUCUUUAAUCUGGACCCAUCAGUUUCAAAUGAGGAACUGCGUCUAAUAUUUGGUGCUUAUGGAGAGGUCAAAGAGAUAAGGGAGACACCUCAUAAGAAGCACCAUAAAUUCAUUGAGUUUUAUGAUGUCAGAGCUGCUGAAGCAGCACUCAGGGCAUUGAAUAGGAGUGACAUAGCUGGAAAACGCAUAAAGCUUGAACCCAGCCGUCCUGGUGGGACACGUCGGAACAGCUUGAUGUUGCAAUUGAAUCAAGAGCUUGACCAUGAGGAAUCUCGAUUCCGGCAUAAUGUUGGUUCCCCGAUAACCAACUCCCCACCUGGUAGUUGGUUGCAGCAGUUAGGCAGUCCUGUUCAACAUAAUGCAGUCCACGCUUUUAGCAGAUCCCCUGGAUAUAGGACAAUGAGCCCUACAACCAGUAACCAACUUCCUGGAUUGGCAUCGUUACUGCACUCUCAAGCAUCUGGCUCACCAAAACUUGCACCGAUUGGCAAGGACUUUGGCAGGGGAAACCAUGUUGAGCAAAUGCUUGCCAAUAAUUCUGAGCAGAGAGCCAAUCUACACUCUCCCCAUUCAUUUCCAGAGCUGAAGUUAGGUGGUCAGUUAUCUGGCUCUAUGUCAUCUUUUGGUGCAUCAACUUCAAAUGGAUCGGCUAUUGAGACACUAUCUGGGCCCCAGUUUCUUUGGGGAAGUCCCACCACUUUUUCAGAAAAUGCAAAGUCAACUGCCUGGGCAGCUCACUCGAUGGGGAAUCCCCUUAUAUCUAACGGACUUCGGCAUGGGUUUCCGUAUUCUACUCGACAUGGCCCCUAUGUCAGCUCAGUCCAGCAUCAUCAGCAGCAUGUUGGCUCUGCUCCUUCUGGCAUACAUCAUCUCGAAAGGCACUUUGGCUUUUUUCCGGAAUCACCUGAGACAUCAUAUAUGAACCCAAAUGGUUUUGGGGGCAUAAGUCGAGCUCCUAGCAACGGUAGUUACAUGAUGAAUGUCGGUCCUCGGUCUGCAAUGCAUGCUGGUAUUGCGGGAAACAUGUCUGAAAACAAUUCCCCCAGUUUUAGAAUGAUGUCUUCUCCCAGGCUUAGUCCAGUAUUCCUUGGUAAUGGUCCAUAUCCUGGGCAAGCAGCUGGCAUAGACUCCGAGCGCACCCGUAGUCGACGGGUUGAAAAUAAUACAAAUCAGGUUGAAUGUAAAAAGCAAUUUCAAUUAGACUUGGAGAAGAUUGCCAUGGGUGGAGAUCCCAGGACAACGUUGAUGAUAAAAAAUAUCCCCAACAAGUAUACCUCAAAGAUGUUGCUAGCUGCUAUUGAUGAAAAUCACAAAGGCACUUACGAUUUUCUUUAUUUGCCUAUAGAUUUCAAGAACAAGUGCAAUGUUGGUUACGCUUUCAUCAACAUGCUGUCUCCAUUACACAUUAUCCCGUUCUAUGAGGCAUUUAAUGGGAAGAAGUGGGAAAAGUUCAAUAGUGAGAAAGUAGCUUCUUUGGCUUAUGCUCGCAUUCAGGGAAGGACAGCCCUUAUUGCUCACUUCCAGAACUCCAGCUUGAUGAAUGAAGAUAAGCGUUGUCGGCCAAUUUUAUUCCAUUCAGAGGGUGAUGAUGCUGGUGAGCAGAUCAUACAGGAGCAUCUGCCUUCAACUAGUUUUAACUUCCAGAUGCACCAGCCAAAUGGGUCUGAGUCAGGCGAAUUUUCAGCAAACACCGGAAAAUAUGGUCUAGAAGAGGAAUCAGAUCAGCUUUUGUAGUAGCAGAUACAUACGCUCAGCAUAACUACACUGGAGGCUGGCUAAUCUGUGCUAACUUUCUCGUAUAUAUAAUGUUCAAGUGUACAAAUUAGGACAAAAGAAGGUUACUCCUAAAAGAUUUGGACUUGGAGUAGUAUUAUAUUUGGGAUCCGGACUCGUCUCUUUUUGUUUGAAAGCUCUGGAGCCAUCAGCUGGAAGAUGAUAUGCGGGGUCAAAGGUUGAGCACCUGCAAGUUCUUUUUUUUUUUUUUUUUUUUUUUUUUUUGUUUUUGUUGUGAAAAAAAAGUCUCAGCCCUGAGUGCCCUGAAGUUGUGAAUAGUUUUUCCCCUGCUUUGUUUUUUCAAAAAAGGGGUCCUUUAAAUUUUUUGCGAUUUCUGAGUCGGAUCAAAUUGUGCAUAAAUGGUAUCCGUUACUCGGUCGGUCUUAUGUUAUGGUUCAAGUGUAUUACCCUUUUGAGGAUUGGGUUGGCAACGGGUAUUUACUAGCCUUUUGAGGAUUGGGUUGGCAACGGGUAUUUACUAGCCUUGUACAGUGGGGAAGGACCAUUGUCAUGUAACUCGGCAACUAAUAUAUAAAUUUAUAUUUAUUUUA